UGACUGAAACAAAAUGAAAUGCUGUGCAGGGCUGAGGGCUGGCUAGCGUCCUCCCGUCAGCACAGGGCCGCUUAACUCAGCCUGGGAGGUGAAAUAACGGCGGACAGCCUUUACAGGAUGGUGGUAAAUGUGCUGCACGCUGUUUGUGCUAACGCGGGGGGUGAAAUUUGUAGUUAAAGGUGUUUUCAGUGUGUGGACAGGCCUCUGUUUACAGCUAACCAGCUAGCCUAGCUAACCCGGGUUACUUAGUUACCCAGCUCGCGCGCCUUCCUCCUCUUCCCUGAACAGCAGUCAGUGAAACACAGCGGGCUUAAUGAGGAAUUAUUACAGCAGCCUCUGCUGUUAAACAUGUAAAAUAUCCUGUUGGGAAGCACAGCUCAGAGCCUGAGUGCAGAAACUGGCGGACCUGAGGAGGGAAGCCUGUAUUCAUGCCGUUUAAUAAAGGGAACAGCUUCAUCUUCUGCAGUGGUUUGACAGGAUGAACGGGACACAGCAAAAUGAUGUGAAAAGACAACACUUGCUAGAGAGACUGCUGGAUGCAGUUAAACAGUGCCAAAUCCGCUUUGGUGGAAGAAAGGAGAUUGCUUCAGACUCUGAUAGCAGAGUCAUAUGCCUGUGUGCCCAGUUUGAGGCAGUGUUUCAGCAUGGCCUGAGGAAGAGCCGGGGCCUGGCUCUCACCGCUGCCGCCAUAAAGCAGGCUGCGGGUUUCACCAGCAAAGCAGAAGCAGAAUUGACCUUCUGGUUCUUCGUGAAGGAGCACCUGAACCGGCAUGAACUGCAGCGUUUCUACUCUCUGAGGAACAUCUGGUCUGAGCUGGGUCGCGGCCGGGCCUGGCUCCGCUGUGCCCUCAAUGAACACUCCCUUGAGCGCUAUCUCCACAUGCUGCUGGCUGACCGCACCCGUCUCAGUGCCUUGUAUGAAGAGUGGGCCUUUGUUCUUGAUGAGGAGAGGGCAAGUAUGCUCCCUACUAUGGCUGCAGGCCUGAACUCCAUCCUGUUCGCCAUCAACAUUGACAACACGGACCUGAAUGGGCAGGUGCGCACAGGCUCAGCCGUGUCUCACCUGCUGAAAGAGGGCACACAGGGCAUGAGCAGCUUGUGGAAGGAGUCGGCACAGGGUGUCAGCACUCUGCUGCGGGAGAUCGGUACGGCCACAGCUGUGGUACCUGGCUUCAGCCCGCGAUCAGACUGUCCCUCGGACCCUCUGCCUGUCCUGCCUCGCAGCACCUCUGCAGACUCCGGUUUGAGGAAGGAGCGCAGACGGAAGAAGAAAAUCACCAACAUCAUCUCGUUCGAUGAUGAUUUGGAUGCGGGAGCGGAGGAUGAAGAGGAUGGCAGUGAGGACGUAGGGAGGAGUGUGAGGAAGAGUGUAACAGGGCGUGUGAGCUCAGAGGAGACUCUGGAGCCCCCCGACUUCCUGCCCAGCCAGAACGGGCUCCCUGAGCCAGAUCACGGCAUCGUCAGCUGGGCUGAAACCCCUCCACAGAAUGGAGUUCUCCCUGACUCCAAAAGCAUUGACAACGAGGAAGAUGAUGAUGAAGAUUUUUACGGAAGGAGCCGGCUAGAGCCACGGGAAGACCCCUUGCCUGGAGAGCAAGUCGUGGUCGGGAGCUUGUCCAGCGUGUCGACAUGGAGCCCCAGACAGAUCAUUACAGAGACUGACAACGACAGCUCUGACGUGCUCAUCCCUGUCACCCCAGCAGAGCCUUACACACGACAAGAUACCGGCUCUGUAGAAAUGAUAGGAUUUCAAGGCCAAGCGGAAAGCUUAAGCUCUGCCACUGACAAUGAAAAAGUGAAAGCUCCAGCACAGUUCAGCAUGGAGCCCAGCCCUCCAACCUCAAAUGCCUCUUUAACCAGUACACUGGCCACCCCUAGCCUGCCUGACUCCAUGACCGUGGUUGAACUACGCCAAGCUAUUGUGGCCAUGAUGAACAGGAAGGAUGAACUGACUGAGCAGAAUACAUCUCUGCGCAGUCUGCUGGAUGGAGAGAUGGAGCACUCUGCUGGGCUGCGGCUCGAGGUGGACAGCCUAAAGAAGAAGCUGGCUGACCUGGAGGAGAGACAUGCUGCCAAAGUCCAGGCUCUCGGCAGAGAAAACGAGGUGCUGAAGGUCCAGCUGAAGAAGUAUGUGGGCGCUGUCCAAAUGCUGAAACGAGAAGGCAACCAGAGCGUCGACUCUCUGCCCAUGCUGAGGAACUGUGAGGCCUCUAUUUCUACACCACAGCACAGGUCUGUAGCUGAUGUGGAGGAGCAAGCGGCCAGCUAUGAACGGAAGCUCAUUGAGGUGGCUGAGAUGCAUGGCGAGCUGAUUGAGUUUAAUGAGAGGCUGUAUCGUUCAUUAAUGGCCAAAGACAACCUGAUUGGCCAGAUGAGGCAAGAGCUCAUUGAUCUGCGAGGCCCGGUGCCCGGGGACCUGAGCCAAACCUCUGAUGAUCCGAGCCUGUCCGACUUUGAGACAGCUCACCGCGCUCUCGUCAACGUAUGGAUCCCUUCUGUGUUCCUGCAAGGCCGAGCUGCCAAUGCCUACCACGUCUACCAGGUGUACAUCAGGAUCUUGGACAACGAGUGGAAUGUGUACCGGCGCUACGCUGAGUUCAGAUCGCUACACAACAACCUCCGCUCCCAGUUCCCCCAAGUCGACACUUUCAGCUUCCCUCCCAAAAAAGCCAUUGGAAACAAGGAUGCCAAGUUUGUGGAGGAGAGAAGGAAGCAGCUGCAGGGUUACCUGCGCAUGGUGAUGAACAAGCUGAUCCAGACACUGCCCGAGUUCACUGCCCGCCCCAGCAAGGAGACACUGCUGCAGCUGCUGCCAUUCUGCCAGGACACUCCAGCUGCCAACGAGAGUGGGAGCAAAUCGAGCCGAUCAAAAGCCUCGUCCCGAUUCCCCCGGCUGGGCCGAAGCUCCGGCCGCGAAGCCCGCAACCCAGAACCCCAGAGCGGCGACCUUUAACCUUUCAUUGGCUAGACUCACAGUGAUGGCGCUAAUGACCUCUGACCUGUGGAUUCUGUGUGAGAUGAUCUGACAGGGUGUGGGAGUGGGGCAGGACGGUGGUCUCAACCCUCCAGACUCGUUAUUAGGACUGAAUUAUGCUGAACUUAGCAACCCUUUUCUAUUAUGGAUUUACACAGAGCCAGCAGCGGAACUAGCUCAGUGCAGGAGGAGCGGGGGUCCGACAGAAGCAGGGUGGGUUUGCAUACUUUUCUGUUCCUCUCUCGGUUUCGUGGUGGAGCUUUCUGUUACUAUGGUGCCUCGUGUUUUAUAGCAGAUGUUGUUUUCAGGAGAAAACAGGAUGUAAUUCUUACAAAAAACAUAAAUCUUUGAUGAAGCCGCACCCAGACGCGGGGCAUCAUCUGGAAAUAACUUGCACAUGGUCCUGUACUCAACUCGACCACAAUUAAAGGGGACACACCUUUUUGUUUUGUUACUAUGUUAUCAUGUUAGGCACAACCAUGUAUUAAAGUGAUGUCUUAAAUGACGGCUCUGUAACCGAGCAAAACCAAUCACCAACACAAUCAUCUUCACUUCUACACAGCUUAACUGUCGCUAAAAUUAUGUAUCAGGAUAGUAGAUUGUAGCUGAAUGUGUGACGAUGGUUUAAAAACAAAAAAAGACUUGAAUAUGCUGCUCAUAGAACUGCAUGGACCUUGCUGAUGAAUUUUGCAGUCUGUGCACUCAUGCCUACAUUUACCCAGGUUGUGGGAGCCCUUUGUGGAAAGGAAAUUUCCAGGAUCCACGCUGUCUUUGAUGACCCCGAAUCUCAUUACACACAGCCAAAUGCACAGCGCACAGUGGGGACUGACUACAGCAAUUAUAUUAGUGGAUGGAGCUCCGCUGAACAGACGAACGCAUCAUAAUUCAAUGUUUAGAACUGAGCACAAUGACAAACCUGUGUAUUCACCAAAUGCAGAUUUCUGUUCAACAUAUUUCCAAAUGACAAAGUUGCUUAUCGACUGUUAACAUGUACAUUAUGAUAAAUGAAAUCAUAGUCAAAGUACCUUGUUGAAAUGCAUUGUAUAUAAUGGCAUUGCCAUUUGCCUAUAUUAGCUUCGUGUCCAUCUGUCGAUACCUGUUGCCAUAACUCAGCAGCUUUAUACUGUGCAUCAGUUUUGCAGCCUUUUGUAAUUCACCACUACUAAGCAGACUGUAUUUGAUGGUUUCUCUUAUCAAGCAGCUUCUGUACCAGGAUGGUUUACCAGUUAACAGCUGUUUCAGAGUGGCAUGGCCGCCAGCCUUAAACCAGUAAAAAGAGCAAAAUCAAUACGUGAAUAAAGAAAUGAAACAAA